AUGGCUGAUACCGCACCAAACGACGAUAUACUUGACUUCGAGAGUAAGAAAAAAAAGAAGAACAAGGCGAUCGUUGAUUCAAAAGUCUCUACGGACGCCGUUGAUGUACAGGAUUCCCUAGAUUUCGGUGCGAAAAAGAAAAAGUCCAAACCUUUAGCUCUUUCAAGCCCGCCUGCCGACGCCACAGAAGGCAAAGAUGAUUUAUUGGAUGAACUGAGGACUAAAAAGAAAAAGAAAGUGGUCAUCACAGAGGAUCAGGUCAACGAGUUGGCCGACAAGUUGGACGACGAAUUAUCGUUCAGCUCCAAGAAGAAGAAAAAGAAGCCGAAGUCUGUUGGUAUUGAUGCAGAAGUUAACGAUACCGAAACUGACGCUGUUGCUAAGGAUAAUGUCGACUCCUCCGGCUUCACUUAUGAUAUGCUGCUUACCCGUGUGUUCACCCAAAUGGGUGCCCAGAAUCCAGAGCUCGUCUCUGAUCAGAAACGACGAUUGGUGAUGGCCCCACCUCAGAUGGCUCGAGUCGGUACGAAAAAGACUAUGUUUGUCAACUUCACUGCCAUUUGUCGCUCGUUGAAUCGAGAGCAGUCUCAUUUGACAGCUUACAUAGUGGCAGAAUUGGGCACCCAAGGAUCCGUCGACGCCAAUGGGGCCCUACUCAUCCGUGGACGAUACACCAAUAAACACAUGGAACCCGUUUUGCGAAACUACUGCCGCAAUUAUGUGUUGUGCGGCACCUGUCAAUCUUCCGAAACCGAUCUGUGCAAGGAUUCCCGUCUUUUGUUCCUUCAUUGUCGUCGCUGUGGCUCCAAAAUAACCGUGAAAAACGUUACCUCUGGCUUCCAGGCCGUUACAGGAAGACGCGCUGCUAUUCGUGCAAGAACUCAGUGA